UGUAUUUAGAGGUAAAGUGGUGCUUCAAAGUUAUAAUUUCCUUGUCGAUUUCUAACUUAACCCUGGAACUGGACUCACAUAUUUGAGCCACUACAUUCAGUGCUCUCUGCCUUGCUUCUUAUUAGGUUUUAGUUUUUAGUGUGUAGUCACAACUUUGUGUAUUUCUCUGACGUCGCUUCAUGAGGGACCUUGAUUUUGAAUUGAAAUUUUCAGCUACUAUUUGAAGAUACAGUAUGUCAAUAAGCCCACACUCCCGAGGGACGACAGGAGACAGGAGUCAUAGUCAAAUCUUUCAGGUGCCACUUACCUCAGAAUUGACCAGGACUCUGCCCAGGAGCAGUGGACGCUUCGGGACCUUGAGUCAUCACUCGUUCUUCUCCCGACACAACCCUCAUCCACACAGGAUGAGACAUAUUCAAGGACUCAAUGGCAGACCUGUCUGCAUGGUGAGAGACGAUUGGUUUGUCAGCUCGUCCUUAUUUCCUCACCCACUUCUCAAGAGCCGCGUCCUCAGGAAAGCGGCUGAGCCAUCCUUUGCGUUUCCACUUGUCAGUGGCCACAAAAACAAGUCAGCCUCGUUCUCAGAGGCAUGGAGGGACGAACUUAAAGAACUCGCUGCGAGAGUCAGCUUGUGUUCUCGCGCACAGAAGGACAACAAAGAGGAGCAACCAGAGGGAGACUUUGUCCGUCGGAAGACACAAUAUUCUGCUAAAACUGGGAGAAUCAUCCCUCUGCCCACCAAGUCUUACCAGGGCAGAUUCCAUUCACAACACCCAGCUUAUCCUCAGCCCUUUCACGAUCAAGACCUCAUGGUGUUGGAGCUUCUGUGUCAGAUCCUGCAGACCGAUUCUUUGUCCACAGUCCAGCAGUGGCUGCUGCUCGCAGGUCAAAGGGAGAAAGACCUGGUGAUGGGGAUGAUCAAACAAGCUCUGGACAGUGUCGACGUCGCAGGCCAUCACCUGCCCAACUUCCAACACCAGGCUUUUAAUCCCGGUGCAUCUCCACCACUGAACGGUCCGUCACUGGAUCAGCUGUGGAGACAACCACAGAGAACGUGCUCAAACCGAAUGGGUCGAAUGUCUGGUGACAACAAACCCGACAGGAUUGGGGAUGCAGAGGUCCUUGAAGUCCAUACAGCUACAGCUCAUCAUCAUCACGAUAAUGACUGUGACAUGGUUUCCUUUCAGUGAGAAAUGAUUGGUUCUCCGUCGUCGUGCCUUUGUGGAUGAAGUACAAAGUGCUCUCGCUGCAUAGUACCUGCUGAAGCACUGUGUUUACAAAAGUUGGGGAAAAAAUGUCAGGUUUUUGUUUUGUUGCGUCUUAACAAAAU